CUUAAUUAGAAUUUCGAUGAAAUCAUUGAUUGACUCUUUGAGUGUUCAUGGCGAACGUUCCGCCGGCAGAUUAAAUGACCGUUGCCCGCGAUAGGCUAUGCUUGCUUUGAUAGCUAGCUAAGUAUAAUCGUAUCUAACUUUUAUCCCAUACCGAACACGACGCAUCAUGCUAUUGUUCGUACUGUAUUUGCUUGGAUAUCUUCGAAUGUACAUGUUGAAAUACUGCUUUAACCGUAUUGAAAACGAUGUUCAAACAUCGUUUUGAAACUUGUGAGGUGAGCCGUAAAGUCGACUUUUUGUUUGAGUAAACAUUUAAUGUGGUUCUGUUUCAACAAUCUUCAACAAUCAAUAAAAAAGAGGUUAAAGGUAAAUUCAAAUAGAAAUAGAUUAGACAAAGUGGACGAAUGUUUAACAAUGGAUAAAUGAAGCUCGAAUCGCUAAGGAAAACAGAAAUUCUUGCAAAGCAUAGACCCCAAACUAACGUUCUUUUACCAACUCGAUUGAAGCUGUAGUCGUGGUUCUUUACAUUGAAGACGCCAGCUGGUUAUCGCUAUGGGACAACGGAUCAUUGCUGACUUUCUGUUCGGUUCCUUCUCGCGUCGUCGCUUUUCGAACAGAAUGACACCAACCAACAAGCAAAAACGAGAAACGUUUUUGUCCGAACCCAUUAAGCAAACUCUUCUUCAACCACAGUUUAAUUUAGCGUCCCAUCCUACCGUCGCGCCACUAAGGGUGACCAGAGGGCCAGAAAAAACUACGACAUCCGAAACUAAGAUCAGUGUGUCUCAUUGGCGAAAGUUGACCACUUGCAUUUGGAAUUUCGUCCAUAAAUUCAGAGAUUAGUGAAAUAAAGAAUGGCCUGUCCUCAGAUACCUAAUUUUGUGAUGAAGGCGACGAUAGUUUUCGCAUCACUACAGCUGUUGUGCACAUUGUGCGGUGUUACCCCUUCAGUCUCUGGGGGAUAUGCGCGAGGAAGCAUUCAGCUCAAUAUGAAUACAUUUUACAAAAUUAUUCCGCGGUUUCCAGUUGUUUUCGUGAAGGUGGAUAAAGACUAUCCCCAUGGGGUAAACCAAACUCAGUUCGAAAAGCUAGUGGCUAUGCUUAACCAGGAUAAAGACACGAUACUCGCCGAAGUUGGCGUUCAGGAAUUCGGUGAAAAAGAGAACGCAGAUUUGGCAGCAGAAUUAGGGGUUCCUGACAAAAGCCAAUGGCCAAUCAUUUUCGUAUUCAAACGAAACCCGCAUCGUUGGAUAGCCAAAUACAAUGGUCGCUUCAACCUAAAUUAUCUUCGAAACUUCGUUAAUCAGCAUUCAGAAGUCGACUGGUCAUGUGCCGGAUGUGUACUUGAGAUGGAUCGAUUAGUACGGAGUCACCUUUUCGAGCAUCAUAUAUCUGCCAAUGAAAUGGUCCGGAGCGCACAGGACACCUUGGCCAAGACGGCCUCAAGGGAUUUAGGAAAAAGGAAUACAAUGCAGUAUUAUGUCAAAAUGAUGAAGAAGAUCAAUGAAAUCGGACAACCCGCUGUGGCAAUGGAAAGUGCCCGUCUCGUGCGACUUCUUCAGCAGAACUUAUCGCCGGAGAAGGAAAAGCUUUUUAAAGUUCGAACAGACAUAUUGUAUUUCUCUUUCAGUGGGAACCUCUGGAGGUAUCAGGAGGAGGAGGAGGAGGAAACUGCGACUUCAUCCGAUUUAAUGGCCAACCUGUCUACUAAAAAUGACAAUACUAGAGACGAACUUUAAUGGCUAAUGAUGGAAAUUCAAUAAAACAUUUUACAACAUACAGAGAUCGAUUAAAAUUCACUUAGCAACUCUUGACCUUCUUGCGCCAGCUCUGAAAAGCUUAAUAGAAUCCUCAGGCAUUGAUUUUUUUUUAACCUGAUUUACCCAUUGGACAUUUAACGCAUUGGUUUGUCUAAUUCACGCGUAUCUAAUGUGGUACGUUCGGUCGCUCAUCAGUUGAGUUUGUCUCACAACAUGUAAAAAGCAUCGAGCACCCGUCGCUGUAUGUUUGACUGGGGUGUAAGGGGUCUGUUGUCGUUAAGAGGAACUCUAUUGCUAUUCUACAAUAAUCGGUGGCUAUUCAUUAUUGUGGUUCGAUGUUAUUGGCGGAGCGAGUUGUUUUGUUGUCCAUGGUGACUAUUUUUGGAACUUGCAGUAGCUACUGAAUCGUCUCGUUGACAAAAUACCGAAGUUAACUAGCAUUCAAGGCUCACUGCCUCUAGUUGACGGUUUUUGUGUCUCUUGAAUCCCCGCUAAAAAAAAGAGAAAACCGUAUACAACCCUAUCAAAUACGCGAUGCAGAGACUACUGAAUUGUUUCAGUCGAAUGAAGUAAUAUUCAAGCCCGAAGCACAUUUCGAAAAUAACGUCAUUGUUUCAACUUGUAGAAAUUCGUUUUAGAUAGCCAUAUGGAUAGUGUCAAGUUCCACAUAGACGACUGAGAAAGCGUAAUUUGCGCUUGCUUCGCUUGAUCUAAAAUGCUUUUUUUUUUUGUGUUUUUCGUCCGAUAUUUUAACUGUUAGGCCUCACUUCAGACGGCUGGCUCCUGCCGGCACGGAACAGAAUGAGACAGUACCCGGUUACGUUCCGAUUUGAGCCUAGACCAUUACAUGUCCAUAAGUUCAGCAAGCCCACUGCCCUAUGACGAGCCGCUCUGCUUUGCAGAUUUUCACAAGAUUUUUCACAUGCAUAAACGAGCACGCCCGCCCCAGCAAUCUGGACUGAUAAAAAUAAGCGCAGCGAUUCUCGCUGUAACAUUUUUAAAGUGUCUUUCUGUUACUUUUUUUUUUUUCUAGCAAUAUACUCUCCCCACAGUAAUCGAUUGUUCCGUAAUUGCAACGUUACGCUAAGACUAUUACUAGUCGCAAAAAAAAUUGUACUUUGUACAACCUAAAUGUAAUUACGUGAAGUAUCUUACGCCUGCUUUUUUUCAAAUCUGAAGCGAACAGUGUGAAAACGAACUUGAUUUUUUUUAUUAAUCUGUGAAGUAUUUAGCACCUUCAUAGCUACAUUCUAUAAACUCCUUAAAAAAAAACUAGGCGGCGCAACAAAGAGGUCGAAAUUGAAGUGAAGAUUAGAAAUAAGGACACACAUGAUCGCAUCAGCUUUUAGGACAAGAAAAACCAUGCGUACCAAUAAACUAAUCGCUUACUACUAUCAUACCGCAGAAGCUAUCUAGAAGACUAACGAAGAAAAAUCCACGAAUCAUUUUUUUCAGUUAAUUUUAUAUUUACCAUCAGCUAUAAUAUAAGUGUAUAUAUCUUUACAAUAAGUUUACAAUAAUCUUCCACAAACCAUCAAGCCGAAUACGAUGAUUCUGUCAGCACAUUAUUAUAUGUGUCUAUAUCAGCAGUUGUCGCGGUCGCUAUUAUCUUUAUUGUAUCAGUGUUCCCGUUACAUCGUUGUAAUUAUGUGAAGCAGUGCGUGUUGAUAGGUUCUCCAUGUAUCAAGGCAGAUAUGUUCCUCGUACAUUUGACUGAGGGAAAGUCAGCCAUAUGAAUUAACUCAUCAUACCAUCAUGCUAAGUCUGUGUAAGCAAUGGACAAAGAAAGACCUUACUGAUUAAGCAAACCAGUGAAAAACCACGCAAGCGAUUGUGCGAACGAUUUAUGAUUGAGGUGAGCUGCUAGCACACAACAAUAGCCGAAAGUAAUUAACACUACUAGCUUUCAUAAUUGACUAUGUUACCGAUAUACUUGGCUAUUUGGGCUCGCUCAACGUGACAAACCGUAUCUCAAUGGCUGAACACGCGUUUCGAUUCCCCACCAAAAACAAGAGCGAAGUAUGUAGCUGAUUACGAAAUCUAGCACAUCUACUAGCAUUCAUUAUGAAAAUGAUUAUUUCGGUUAACUAUAACCAUCAGCGCUUCGAUAUCGGCGCGAACAAACGAUCCAAACGUAAAUCAGCACAAGGUGACGCUCGAAUUAUGUAGACUUGUUCCUUGACAGUCGCUUGUGCAACGUAUUUUCUUGAUUAUUUUUCACUGGCGUUGGAGAAUGAUUUUGCUACAGAAGGUAUCGAAAUUGUUGGUGAUGUUAGUUUUGACGUCGUAACAUGCCGGGAUAUGACAGAGGUCGCUGUCCAGUUAUCACAUGGGACUUACUUUAGACCCCAUUAAAUUUGUCCCUAAAGAUUCGUUUCCUUGUUGAAUGGUGUCCUGUUUUUGAUAAUUUGCCUUUUAUCCCCUAUGGGCCUUCACUUCCUUUGUAGCUUUUCUUUUUGGCCGUCACGUUCGAUUUUCAGUUCUUUGUCAGCCUACUUCGCAAGGACACACACCUUUUUUAGAGAGGGGACUUACCCUAAUCGUAUCUGCUUAGGCUCACCUGUUCGCAUUUCUCUUCGUCUCCCACCCUCUAUCUACAAAUAUACACGACCGCCCCAGGAGAGAGGUGGGGAAAUUUUACAGCAGUAUUCUCUACAUUUGACGCUGUCGCACCUCAUGCAUUGUUUAAGCCGUUUCCAUGAAACACUUUAGCCUUUCGAGCGGCUACGCUACUUCUCGUAACUUAAUAAUACAAUGUGCGGCAAGGAUACAUUUAUACGAUAUUAUCUAUCGAAAAGGGCACGAUCCAAUCUACACUAUAGUAAAUAUUACUGCAACCUUAAGAACCCGAUCCAGAUAGUAAGUAUAGCCUGUCGGAAGAAGUAAUCCUAUUUCCAAUUGAUUUUUUAAGUAUGAAGAAGAAAGGAAAGAGAACAUCAAGUGGACAUAAGAUUAAUUUGACUCUGACUUGUUUGUCUUUGCCUGUCAUUCUGUGUACAUCGGCAGUGAGCUAGUUAUGGUAGUGCCCACUAAACUCGGCUUGAAUCUUUCCGCGAGAAGCAACUAAAAUAGCUUAACAUUUUCUCCCUUAAGCUUGUACUCCUUCGUCGUUUUUUCUUAUUAUUUACUAUUAAUAUUAUUACAGCUGUUUCGCAUCGUUUUUUUACAAUAGAGGUAGAGGCUAUCCAUGGCACCUCAGCUUAACACUUACUCUGCCGCCUUGCCUCUUAUCAGUGUUCGUACCUUGUCUCUUUGAUACUAAACUCUAUAAUAUAUGGUACAAGAACUUACAAAUUUUACAGUAAACUUUUCUGCCUACCGUCUUAAUCGUCUGGCAAAAAGUGAUUUUAGCGUUGAGGUCACCUACCUCCGCGGACAUAAACCGUUCGCCGACUCAAGCAGUGGCCAACUAAAUGGGUAAUGCCCGUGCAAUGCUCUACGAAUCAAUUUCCUCGUUCGCUAGUGUGACGAUAUCCUUGUGAUAAGAUGGACUGUAUGAAGGCGAACAAUUUGAUUCGGCCCCGUAUUUAUACUUCCUACUAAUCCCAUUGAUGACUAUUACAAAAACUAGUAACAGAUCACUGAUAAGCUUACUCCAUCACUACUACUCAGACUCUCGUCGAGUGGCCAGCUUUUUCCCCAUUCGAGCGCACGGCGUACUGCUUGAGAGCUAAUGCGUUCUACGCAAUGUCCGACGUUUUCAGUUAUCCAACAUUUUAGUGUCAUUGUUCAGGAACUCGACCUGACUUUGUGUUGUAACGGUUGUUCAUGCUGUGUUUGGUUAUUGGUAUUGUUUUUUUUUUAUUACAGUUGUCCUACUUACUGGUCGUCCCGCUGAUCGACACUAGGCUUGCUCAUUUCAACUGGCACUAUCUACACGCGUCUCGCAACCAGCGAACCUCUAUACCACCGCGGCCGUUACUCACGUCAUCGUCCCGAUGUCGUACGACAUAUUUUAAUCCUGUUUAGAGUGUCGUUAUGCUUUUUGUUGCGUUCGUUUCGCCCUUGUUGUCCUUUGAGACACCUGCUGAUGUCGGCUUUUAUGUGUUAAACGAAUCGUAUCAUUAUAAUAUAUGAUUAGAAUCAUCUGUAUUCGCUUUAGUCCGCACACAGAAGAGCAGCUUUAAAAUAACUGCUGUUACUGCUAGUAGUCGUAAUAAUUAAUUAAGAUAAUCAUACAAUUA